GAGUCUCUAGUCUGCCGUAUGUGUCAGUCUGUAGGUGCGGGGCUGCUCGCUGUGGUAAUCUGUAAAGCUGCUGAGGGUUGCGUGUGAAAAACUUUAUCCAGGAAGAAGAAAUCUCAUCACUGGCACAAUGUGCUUUCUCUCGGCACAGGGGCCAAAGGCCCUUGUGUUGCCAGCCUGUUAGUGUGCAUUAUGUCUCUGAAACUAGAAAGAUCUAUAGAUUCCUCUGCCCUGCAUAAAAUUGCAGCAGACAUGAGCAAUCUCAUAGAAAGCCUUGAUACAAGUGAGCUCCGGUUUGAGGGAGAAGAAGUGGAUGCUGACAUCACAAGUGACACCAAAGUUAGUGGUGCCUGCUUUCCAUUUUCUGCCAUCUAUCACACAAAGGGAUUCAAAGACGCUGACCUUCAAGCAUUUUUAAUUGGAUGUCCUAUAAAAGUUCGGGUUUUGGAAGUUGAACGUUUUGCAUCAUCUUCUUCCUCAAAGGCACCAGUUCUAAAUAUCUAUACAAUAGAACUGACUCACGGAGAAUUUACAUGGCAAGUAAAGAGAAAAUACAAGCACUUUCAAGAUCUCCACAGAGAGCUGCUUCGGUACAAAGCGUUUAUCCGAAUCCCUAUACCCACCCGAAGCCACACAGUAAGAAGACAAACAGUUAAAAGAGGAGAUGUAAGGUCAAUGCCAAACCUUCCACGAAAUGCUGAGAUUGUCAGAGAAGAACAGUCUUCAAGCAGAAGGAAACAGUUGGAAGAUUACCUAUCGGCACUAUUAAAAAUGCCCAUGUACAGAAAUUACCAUGCAACUAGAGAAUUUAUUGAUGUAAGUCAACUGUCUUUCAUUCAUGAUCUUGGACCAAAGGGCAUUGAAGGAACGAUAAUGAAGAGAUCUGGUGGACACAGAAUACCUGGUUUAAACUGCUGUGGACAAGGAAGUGUUUGCUAUAGAUGGUCAAAAAGGUGGUUGGUUGUAAAAGAUUCAUUUCUCCUCUACAUGAAGUUAGACACCGGGGCUAUUUCUUUUGUUUUACUGGUUGAUAAGGAAUUUAGCAUAAAGAUUGGCAAGAAAGAGACUGAGACCAAAUAUGGUUUACGAAUUGACAAUCUUUCAAGGACCUUGAUACUGAAAUGUAACAGCUACAGGCAUGCCCGAUGGUGGGGUCAGGCCAUUGAGGAAUUUGUAAGAAAGAACGGAAAGAACUUCCUUACUGAUCACCGAUUUGGUUCCUAUGCAGCUAUUCAAAAUAACACACUUUCAAAAUGGUAUGUCAAUGCGAAAUUUUAUUUCAGUGAUGUGGCCGAUGCAAUGGAAUCAGCAAAAGAGGAAAUUUUCAUCACAGAUUGGUGGUUGAGUCCAGAAAUCUUCCUAAAGCGUCCUGUUGUGGAAGGAAACAGAUGGAGACUGGAUUGCAUUCUUAAACGAAAAGCACAACAAGGUGUAAAAAUAUUUGUUAUGCUGUACAAGGAAGUAGAACUUGCUCUGGGAAUCAACAGCGAGUACAGCAAGAGGACACUGCUACGUAUUCAUCCAAAUAUCAAGGUUAUGAGGCACCCAGAUCACAUGUCUUCCUCAGUGUACCUUUGGGCUCAUCAUGAAAAGAUUGUUGUGAUAGAUCAGUCUGUAGCUUUUGUUGGAGGGAUUGACCUAGCCUACGGAAGAUGGGAUGAUGAUGAACACAGACUAACUGAUGUUGGCAGCGUUAAGCGAAUUGUAACAACACAGUCAACAACUGCAAUAAAUAAGAUCUCAUCUGAUUCCACUUCAUCUUUAAAUGGUGAUAACAGACCAGAGAAGAAGAAAAGUUUUGAAGUCCCGGCCAAGAAAGAUGAGGAUGCAGUGGAUUCUUCAAGAAUCAGAGGACUGGGAAAAUCUAGGAAAUUUGCCAAAUUCAGUCUUUACAAACAGCUCCACAAGCACAACCUUCAGCAUGCAGACAGUGUGAGCAGCAUAGACAGUGAAUCGCAUAGAGGAUCAAUUCGCAGUUUGCAGACAGGCGUGGGAGAACUCUUAGGUGAAACACGUUUUUGGCAUGGAAAGGACUACUGCAACUUUGUUUUUAAGGACUGGGUACAGCUGGACAAACCAUUUGCAGAUUUCAUUGAUCGAUACCAGACCCCUAGAAUGCCAUGGCAUGAUAUUGCUUCUGUUGUACAUGGAAAAGCAGCACGAGACGUUGCAAGGCAUUUCAUCCAGCGAUGGAACUUUGCUAAAAUCAUGAAACCAAAAUAUCGUUCCCUUUCCUACCCAUUCUUGCUUCCAAAAUCUAACAAAACUGCCAAGGAGUUACCCUAUCAAGUUCCAGGGUCUGUGCAUGCACAAGUACAGGUGUUGCGCUCUGCAGCGGAUUGGUCGGCUGGUAUUAAGUACCAUGAAGAAUCUAUUCACAAUGCAUAUGUACAUGUGAUAGAAAACAGCAAACACUACAUUUACAUUGAGAAUCAAUUUUUUAUCAGUUGUGCUGACAACAAGCUUGUUUUUAACAAGAUAGGGGAUACCAUUGCUCAGAGGAUACUUAAAGCUCACAGGGAAAACAAAAGGUACCGCGUCUAUGUUAUUACUCCAUUGCUUCCUGGAUUUGAAGGAGAUAUUUCCACCGGAGGCGGUAGUGCCUUGCAGGCUGUUAUGCACUUCAACUACAGGACCAUUUGCAGAGGGGAUAAUUCCAUCAUUGGACAACUGAAAGCAGAAAUUGGAAACCAGUGGAUUAACUACAUCUCGUUCUGCGGUUUGAGAACGCAUGCGGAACUGGAAGGCAAUCUGGUCACAGAGCUGAUAUAUGUGCACAGCAAAUUGCUCAUCGCUGACGACAAUACUGUCAUAAUUGGUUCUGCUAAUAUUAACGAUCGCAGCAUGAUGGGAAAGCGUGACAGCGAGAUGGCUGUUGUUUUUCAAGACACAGAGACGGUUCCAUCGGUCAUGGAUGGCGAGACAUAUGAAGCUGGAAAAUUCGCCCUGUCACUUAGGAUGCAUUGUUUCAGGCUGCUUCUUGGCUGCUUUAAUGAUCCUUCUGUCAACAUCCAAGAUCCUGUAAGUGACAAAUUCUUCAAAGAAGUGUGGGUUGCAACUGCAGCAAGAAAUACAACAAUUUUUGACAAGGUCUUUAGAUGCCUUCCCAGUGAUGAAGUCCAUAAUUUUUUUCACCUUCCUGAGUACCUUGCUAAGCCAGGACUCGCCACCCAAGAUCGUGUGAAAGCACAAGAGGAAUUACAGAGGAUCAAAGGUUUUGUGGUGCAGUUUCCCUUUUUCUUCCUGGCUGCAGAAAACCUCUUGCCUUCAGUUGGCACAAAAGAAGCCAUGGUGCCCAUGGAAACAUGGACAUGAUCAAAAUGUUAUUGGGGGGGCGUUAUGUUAUGGUAUAGCUGCCUGAAAGGAAUGGAGUUUGCGAGAGACAACAUGUUUAAUGCAGCAGAACUGGUACCGACGGGUGGGUACUUGGAGUCCACACACUGUUUCACCAUUGCAUUUGUUCAAGCACCAAAGGGUUUAAUCACAAUCAAAGCAAUUACCACUAAAUGAAACACGGCUACUGUAAAUUUUUACAGUACACACAAAUCUCUUAUUUCUGGGCCCAGGAAAUGGUACUGCUAAUGUUUUAAAUAUUACAAGUAAAUUUUUUUUUUUUCAUAUUUUAAAAAUGAGAGGUGCCUGUAGUUACAUGUGCAUGGUGACUGGGCAAAGUUUUACAGAGCUUAAUUACCACUAACUGGAUACCCAAGGCUAUACACACAUUUCUUUCCUAUAGAAUCGAUUUGCUCUAAUUAAAUACACAAAGUAUUGCUCUACUAGAAGCCUGCAGGGGGAGCUGUCGCUCAGCAUCAGAAAACUGCAGUGUGUAGAAAUGGGCUGUUGGAUGAAAUUCUUUUUCUUAAAUUCCAUACAUGAAAUUCCAUGAAGGAGCAUGUUAUUGAUACGCUAUUGGCGUAAUGCAACAGAACAUGGGCAGUGUCUCUGAGCCAUUCUUGCCAGGAAAGGGAUUAACAUUUCUGCUCCAUUUUUAAGAUUUUGUACGGUUCUCCAGCUCAGGCCUUAGUUACUGUGGGCUUUCACUACAAGCUGCAUUUAGUGUUUCAGAUAACAUUUAAUAUAUCUGGAGUGAACAUAUAUCUGAAGAACAGUGCAAUGUUCCAGUAUGCAAACAUUAUUUGCCCUCUAUUUAACAUCACAUUUUAUAAAAGCCACUGAAUAUUUCACUUCUUCCCAAAGCUUCUGACCUUCUUUACAAUUAGAGGGAAAAGCAUGCUGUCUAGACCAAUCCUGAAUGAAGCCCAGUGGCACAAAUAUCCAUUUAGAAUUAUUUUGGACAACCACCAUCUGUAGUAUCUUAUUCUAUCAGGUUUUUUCUGCACACACUUUGUAUUCAUGUUAGAUAUCAUGAAAAUAAUACCAUCAUUGCCCUCUACGUCAUUCAAUGUUAGUACUGGCUGUUCAUAUGCCACAUUCCAUUUAGGCAUGUAGAAUUGUCUAUAUAGCACCAUUAUACAGUAUUCAUAUUCUGCUACAGGAAAGGGAUGUUCAACCCCAAACCUAAAUUACAAACUGUCAUUUUGUAUAUUAGCUUUUCCUACCGUAGGAAAUAUCAUGUGGAAGGCUCUGGUCUGACAGAGCCAGUUCUUGGGGGUUAUGCAAAAGUAGCACAGAUUAGAGUAAAACAAAAAUCUGCCACUUUUCAGGUUAGUUUCUGACAUGGGGGUAAUUUAUAUGUAUGUACUAAAAUGAGUUUGAUUGAGUCAGUUUGGGCACACGAAGCAUGCCAGGAAGCAAUCAAAAUAUGGGGGUAAGUCCCCUGAUUGUAAUUUCAAUGCCUAAUUGCACAUAUUUCUAUACAGUAAUAUAUUGUUAUACAGAUUUGUAUUUGUGGUUAUGAUGCAAUGUCACACAAUAUUAUAUUCAAUGGUUUCUUGGUUUUAGUUUCAUGUUUUACAUUUCAUUUAGACACUUUGAAUUGUUUUAGCAAAAUGUUGAACGGAGUAUUAUAUUGGUCCUUCAUUUUAGAUAUUUUCUUUUUAAUUCUUUGCAAAAUGAAGUAAGUAGAAGUACAGAAUCUUUUUUUCCAUUAUUAUUUAGUUGAUAUACUGUUAUUUUAAGUUUUGUCUGUUCGUUAAUAGCAAUUUCUCUCAGUACUGUAACUCAUGCCUUUUGGUGGCUCAGGCUUAUUGUUGCCACAUAAACCACUUUCUGCCAUAUAAACAUGCAGGGCCCACCUUGGCUGAAUUGUCGUCCCAACAAUUUUCAUACCAUGGUGAUCGGAUCGAUAUCCAAACAUUCAUUGUAAUACAACUAAAAUCUGACUGUGUAUGGCCAGCUUUGAGCUGUGCUAUACAGGAAGGAAUAGUCAGAUUUAGGCCCAAAUACUUCCACAGACUGAGCAGAUCAACCAAUAACACACAUUCAAGUUGCCUUUAUCAUAUUUCUAAGCCUAUUCUGACAAGGAGUGACCGGUUUACUCUGUUCAGCCAUUGUAAACGUCUUUCCAUGUAUUGUCAAGGCACAGGCUCUGGCCACUCACACACCAUUAAGUUCCCACUGUAGAACAAAAUAAUUACAGCUCAGUGUUCAGUAGCUCUUCAGCCAACACACAUAAGAACAGGAGCCCCUUAUAUAUUAUAUAAAGUACAUGGCUGUCCAACCUAAACUGACUAAGGAUCCUUUCUGCUACAUUCAAGGUACAAAGUUCCAGAUUCCUCAACUUUAGAACUUAGAGUCAGUACCACUAAACAUGUGUAUGCCACUUUAACCAUUAACAAAUGAAGGAAUAAUAAAGCUUGGAUUGUUGGAAUGUGCUCAUCAGAUUAUCCUUAUUGUGGGAUAUUGAAUUCAUUUUGAAGUUUAUUAAUUUGAUCAGUUUAUUCAGUAACUUGUCCUACUAUGCAAAAUGUUCAUCUAUAUCAGUGAUGGGGACAUUAUCCAACAUUUCUGAGACAUGAUUGCCAUACAAUAAAACAGUAAAUGAAUAUCCCUUCUAUGAAGGUUGUACGAUACUGCUAUCGGUACUAGAUGUCUGUGUCGAUUUAAUAUUGUAUCUUGAAGCCUAAUUGUAAUUUGAUUUUAAAUAAAUAUAUUUAAAGGUUAAAUAAAGUAUUAUUUAAAAAAAAC